AUGGCAUUAAGCAUCAAACAAUUCAUAAACGUUGCCGGCAUAGUUAAAGAUCUUAAAAGCUUCAAUUUUAGUGUCUACGGUAGAUGGUUCGGUUACAUUAAUAUCAUAUUGUGUAUUGCACUAGGGAUAUCUAAUUUAUUCCACGUCAAUGCAGUAAUUGCAUUUGGUAUUAUAAGUAUUAUUCAAGGGCUAAUAAUUUUAUUCAUUGAAAUUCCCUUCCUUUUGAAGAUUUGCCCAUUAUCUGAUAAUUUUGUUGAAUUUAUCAAAAGAUUUGAAACUAAUGGCUACAGGUGUGUCUUUUAUCUUGUAAUGGCCAUAAUACAAUAUUGUUCUAUAAUCUUAAUGGCUACAAGUUUAAUAGUAGUAGCAAUUUGUUUAACAGUUUCUUGCGCAAGUUAUGGUAUCGCUGCUUUUAAAAAACAAGAAUUUCAAAACACCAAUAUUAUUAAAAAUCCAACUGACACUGAUUUCCCACAUGAAGCUGUCGUUAGAGAAAUGUUAUGA